ACGGCGCGGCAUGCGUGCAACCAGGUGCCCAGCGUUCAACAUUCGCGGGCCCAACUGUCCGAACUGUUGGCCGUUAGAACCAGUACAUUAACAACCAUCACCUUCAUUCACUGGCGCCGUCGCACGCACACUCUUUGCAGACACCCCUCCCCCCCGUUUGGUCCUGCUCCAAGGGCGGAAACGGAAUUUGUUCGAAUUAAAACAUAAUUUUUUUUGAUCCAAAGAACUUGGUAGGCGGAGAAGGAUUGAGAAAGCGCCGACCGAUGAGUUUCGUCGCUGGCGGCUCAACUGACCGUUAAGGCCCCACCCGUUAAGCGUAACGGAGAGCGUUGGAACGCUGCAGUGCGGCUCUUGCACCAAUCGGAGCGUUGCGGGGUGAGGCCAGCGCGCGAGGGGCGGGGCCUGGCCGUGCGACCUUGUAGACAGCCGUCAGUCAGUCAGUCAGUCAGUCCGACGGCCACGGCGAGAAGGGGAGAGGAGCUUCAGUCUGUGGGCCAUGCAGCCCCCGACGCCGCAGCAUGGCAAGUCGCAGCUGAACGCCGCGGGAGAUGGCCGCAAGGACGAGGCGCAGUCUGCAUCUCCCGCCGCCACGGCGGAAGACGACGCAAAAGUGUUGAAUGUGAAAGAAGACAUAGAGGAACAAGAGCAAAAAGCCAGAAAUAGUGAUGCAAAGGCACAGACUGAGCUAGGUAAAUAUUACCUGGAGCUAGCUGGCAAAAAGGAUGAAGAACUGAACAACUGUACAGCUGUAAACUGGUUGAUCCAAGCUGCCAAACAAGGCAAGAAAGAAGCUGGAAAACUGCUUAGAAGUUGUCUUGCAGAAAGGAAAGGCAUCACAUCUGAGAACGAGGAAUUGGUGAAGCAGCUUGCAAAUGAAAGUGAGUUUGAGCGGGCUGUGCGGAAGGCUACCUUAAUCAUGUAUCAUAAGCUUAACCCAAACCGAAAGAAACAAGUCGCUGUCUCUGAAAUUCUGGAGAACGUUAGUCACAUCAAUGCUGAAGGUAACAAGGCAGAACCUGGCCCUGUCCCAAAAAUGCUGCAGAAAGAGAGGCGAGUGCUUGAGCGACUGGUCAGCAUUCAAAGUAACAAGGACAUGAUGUUAGAUGAUUUUGUUGAUAUCACAAAGAAGUAUGCCAAGGGAAUUAUCCCAUCUAACCUGUUAAUGCAGGGAGAGGAUGAUGGGCUUGAAGGAAAACCACCUGAAGAUUUGCCUUUGCAGCAGAAGAUCAUGAAAUAUCCACUUCAUGCCUUAAUGGAAAUAAAGGAGCACCUAAUAGAUUUUGCCUCCAAAGCUGGAAUGCACUGGCUGCAUACUAUUAUUCCACUUCACCAUGUAAAUGCCCUUGUCUUUUUCUUUAUAAUCAGCAACUUGACAAUCAGCUUUUUUGCUUUCAUCAUCCCUUUAGUCAUCUUUUAUCUCUCCUUCAUUUCCAUGGUAAUUUGUACUUUAAAAGUCUUUCAGGAUAGCAAAGCAUGGGAUAAUUUCAGGACAAUGACUGAUUUGCUGCUGCGCUUUGAGCCAGACCUAGAUGUAGAACAGGCUGAGGUGAACUUUAGUUGGAGUCAUUUGGAACCACACAUCCACUUUAUGCUCUCUGUGUUUUUUGUGAUUCUUUCCUUUCCCACAGCUGACAAAGAUUGGAUUCCUUGUUCAGAGCUGUCAGUUAUUGCAAUUUUCUUUUUGAUUACAUCUUAUAUGAGUCUGAGUACUAGUGCAGAGCCAUACACUCGAAAGGCCCUCAUUACAGAGGUUAUAUGCUCAGUGAUAGGGUUCCUUUACACUCUUCCUGAUAACUGGUCCUAUUUAAGAUUGAUUGGGGAGCCCUUUAUCUCUAUACCAAUAGGUAAUAUCUUUAUGUUGAAUCUUGGCAUUCCCUGCCUCUUGUACUUCUUCUUGUUUUACUUGUUCUUCAAAAUGGCACAAUUGAGGAACUUUAAAGGUACGUACUGCUACUUAAUCCCAUACCUUGUCUGCUUCAUGUGGUGUGAACUGGCUAUAGAACUCCUGAGGUCAGCCACGGGAUUGGGUCUUAUUCGGGCAUCUGUCGGCUAUUUCCUGUUUCUGUUUGCUCUACCAAUUCUACUCAUUGGUAUUGCAUUAAUGCUUUUCAUCCAAUUAAUAAAAUGGUUCAUUUCCAUGGAAUUGAUCAAGAUCAUUGUCACUCUUGUAUUGUGCUCAAUUCCAGUUGUCCUCCACAUGUGGACAAAAGCAACUGGCACAUUGUUAGCACUAGUUAAGUCCCUGACGAGAAGCUCCAUUGUCAAGCUCAUUCUGGUUUGGCUCACUGCAAUUAUGAUGUUCUGUUGGGUUUAUGUGUACAGGUCGGAAGGUAUGAAGGUGUACAAUUCUACUCUGACCUGGCAGCAGUAUAGCUUUGUUUGUGGGCCUCGUGCUUGGAAAGAGACUAACAUGGCUCAAGUUCAGAUCCUUUGUGGUCAUCUUGAGGGACAUAGAGUAACGUGGACAGGAAGGUUCAAAUAUGUCCGUAUUACUGAGAUUGAGAACAGUGCAGAGUCUGCAAUAAAUAUGCUUCCAUACUUCUUAAGUGAUUGGAUGAGAUGCUUGUAUGGUGACACAUAUCCUGAAUGUGAUCCCAAAAACGUGACUGUGAUGGAGGAAGAUCUUUGUCGGCUUAAAUUCCUCACAAAGCACACCUGCCACCUUAAAAAGUUUUGUCGCUAUAAAUUUGAAAUAACUAUGGGAAUGCCUUAUGGUUCAAAUGGAAAUGAAACUCUUGAAGAUGAUGCAACCAAAGAUAUUGUACUAAGAGCUAGUAAUGAGUUCAAAAAUGUUCUGCUGAAUUUGGGACAAGGAAGUAUUGUGGAAUUCAGUACCAUUUUGGAGGGCAAGUUGGGCAGUAAAUGGCCAGUCUUUGAACUGAAAGCCAUCAAAUGCCUUAACUGUAUGUCAAAGCUAACACCAGCAUCAGCAAGGCAUGUCAAAAUUGAACAUGACUGGAGAGGUAUUGUGAAGCUAGCUUUCAAAUUUGCAUUCAAUUUCUUCUUUGCACCAUUCUUAUGUGCUGAAUAAAACUUGGGUUUUUCUCUUUAAAAAAAUGGUUGCUAACAUCUUUCUUUUGCUGGAUGAACUCCUGCCUUUAGAGCUAAACUACAGAAUAUUCCCUUCACAAUUCUGGGGUCCUUCCCGCUGAAAAAGUAGAAGCAUGUAUAGGGCAGUAGAAAUAUGCAUUUACUAUGUUCAGUUUUAACAUUAUCUGGUCAGAAUUAGUGUAGAAGGAAAUAAUUACGAGUGGAUUUUUGAAUUGCAGUACCUGGGAUGCUUGUUUGAAUUGACCAUGAAUUACUUUGCAGAUACCAGCUAUAGUUUUAAUACAGAGAUAACAAGGUAUAGAGUUCGAAGCACACAGCAGGCCAAGAAGCAUCAGAGGAGCAGGAAAGAUGACAUUUU